UUAAACAUAUGAAUUAAAUUAAAGACUACAGUCUCUCUUGUUGUGUCUUUGGUCCACUUGAGACAGUAGUAUUUGACAGCUAAUGUGAACUAGCGGCUGUAAGUGCAGUCAGUGUGAAAGGGGGGACUGGUUAUGUAACGAGAAAGGGUUGUAGUUUGAGGGAUUGUUUUUGGCGUGUGGUGUGUCUGCUGCUGGUAAACCUGCUUUUGUUGUGUUAAUCUGAAAAUGUAUCGUGUUUUUCUUGUACAUUUUCUGGACGAUGGUAAGUUUGUGAAACUUCACGUAGGCAUCAUCAGAACUGACAACAGAUUUGGACCACCCCAGGUACAUUUUGGUGUGUGGUUGUGUGAUGUCCUUGGUGUUUGGCAUAAGAUAAAUGUAGCCUUUGCUUCUCUUUGAACCAAGUUCCCCGCACAACCAUGCCACAAAAUGACACCAUCUCAAAUAACAAAGGCACAUCAUUUUAUCUGUAAUAGUUUUUCUGCUUUUCACCUCACAGCUUGGCUGUGCAUACAGAAAGCUAUUUCCCGUCCUCGCUUUGCUUGGAGUCCAGCGGCCCCUUCUCCGUAGCUCUGCGGCUGGCUCACAUUGAGACCCAGGCACAGAUUGUCCUGCGACAGCUUGCUGGUCUUACCACCGUUGCCCCCAGCAGACUCUUCACCGCGUUUGACCCCCCGCGAGCCGUUCUGACUCUGAGCACCAACUCAAACCAUAAACAUUUCACAGACACUCGGCUGACCAUGUACCACCACCACCAGCCGCAGGGCCCUCAGGGCUUCCCCGGUGGGCCCCGACCCCAGACCCAGCCUCCGGUUCGGCCCCCAGCAGACAUGAUGCCUCCCGUUGGGGCCUACCAGUUCCCUCGCCCCACACAGCUGCCCGACGAGCUGGAGUCAGCACUGUCUAUACGGGGCUCUAGGGACAUGGACCACCGCCUCAUUGAACACUUAAAUCGGCUGAAGCAGCACCAGAGCCAGACCUCUGCUCCCGGCAUGAGUCAACAACACGGAAACUAUGGCACCAACCUCUGCGACACGCAGCCCAAACAGCAAUCCGUAGACUGGUCCAAUUAUGAGCCUCCCACUAAACUGUUCGCGCAGCACCCAGGGGGGCAUACCGGCACAGGUUUAUCAAACUGGAACCCUUCUAUGAGUGACUCUUCUGUGCCCUCUCAGAGGGCAGAGGGGGGGCGGGGCUUCUACACUCCGGAGAGCGCAGGAACUAUUCUGGCCAGUUUUGGACUUUCUAACGAGGAUCUGGAGGCGCUCAGUCAUUACCCGGAUGACCAGCUGACUCCGGACACUCUGCCCUUCAUCCUACGGGACUUGCAGAUCCACAAAAACCCCAAAGCUUCACACUCACCCGAUGUGCCCAGCCUUCUAUCUGUCACUCAGACUGAGGGCAGAGUUAUUGACUAUGGCCAUGCCAGUCAGGCAAAGGAUGAAAAUGGGCCCCCAAAAACAUUCAAAAAAGAGCCCAUUUCCACUGAGAGGACAGUGAAAAUGUUCCCCUCGCCUGCCCCAAAGCUGGAGGCAAAUGUGGGGAGGCAGGUUCGCCUGGAGCCGGCCGAGCCAAUCAAACAUGGAGACCGAGACUAUCGACGCCGGAGCAGCGAACAUCAGUCACCGCCUCCACGAGACUUCUCUACAGCUGCAAAACCACGACAUCAAGACCGCGACUACAGACUAGAACAGCCCAAGCCUAGAGCUUCAGCUGAGAAGAGGAGUGGGGAGGCGACUGUGCCAAAACCACACCCUCCUCCCAGUGUGAAAUCUCCUCGUACCGGGCUCAAAGCUCCCAGCAACAAGAAGCUUCCCACACCCACCAUGAUGAGCGAUUUCUCUGGGGUGCCUCCCAAGGUCUACCCUCACACCUGCUCCUUGUGCGACAUGCAGUGUGAUCAGGAACAGGAGUGGAUCGGACAUUUGGAGACUGUGAACCACACCGCGGCCUGCAGACACCUGCGCACAAAGUAUCCCGACUGGAAGCCAAAACUGCCAAGCCGUGACUAUGGAAAGCGGCAGCCUGCCGGACAUUCUGGCUCUCGCUCAGCCUCCUGGUCUCCCCCUCCGCCCCCUGAGAAACACAGAGGAAUCUCUUACAAGGUCCGGGGCAAAGCUUACAAUCCUCACCACAUCCCCAGGCACCAUCCAUACCACACCAAAGGUGCAGUACGGCGUCACAGACAGACAGACAGACAGACAAACUACUCCACAGAUGUUGACGCUCGGUUCGAGCGGCAGCCUUCUCGUGGAGGAACACACUUUGGCCGAUACUCCUUCAGAGAAUACGUGGAGAAGAAAGAACUGGCUGGUGCAUCGCGCACUUAUCUGAAGCGGCCACAUCUCGACAAGCGUUACUCAAGCCUUAAAGGGGAUGUUACGAAGAAGACGACACUUAUUAAAGCAAAGACCAGCUUAAAGCCAAGCCAUGGGCCCACCAGACUGGCUGAAGAGGGUCCACCAGCUAAAAAGAAGAAGGCGGUUGUGCCGGUGGCCGCUCAUGGUCCUGAGUGUCUGGUGUAUCUAAUGCACAUCCCCAAAGAGGCUACAGAGCAGGAGGUGAUCAACCUGGCAGGAUCCUUUGGUCCGAUCAACAAUGUACUCCUGAUGCCCUCCCCCGAUGAAGAGGAGGGCUGGGGUCAACAGGCCUCAGUGUGCAUGAUGAAGGCAGAGGAUGCUCAGACUUUUGCCAGCGCUCCAAACCUGCUGAUCAGAGACAGGGUUAUCACGGCAACAGUCGCUAUGAAUCCUGAGGAGCAGCCUUCCAAUGCAGACCGUUCUAUAAAGCCUGAACAAGGAAGUAGUGCGGAUCAUCCCUCUGAAAAGAAGAAGGGGGUGGUGUUGAUCGAGGAGCUCCCUGACAGAGGAUGGACUGAAGAGCACCUCAAAGCCCUCGCAGAGCCUUUUGGAUAUCCAGACGACAUCAUUAUAGCCAAGCAGAUCGGAAAGGCCCUUCUGCUAAUGCCAGAUGUGGAGACAGCUCGAGAGAUGGUGAAAGUUCACACAUUCAGUCCAGCUUCAAUCAACGAGCACAAAGUGACAGUGAAAAAUGUGUACAGAAACAUUGGCAUGCACACACCGGUGGCGUUGUACAACCUUCUGAUGCAUGGGGUAGAUGGAGCGACAAAGACUCCAGGUGUGGUUUGGAGCAUGCUCCUUGUAGUUUCCAAUGUGCCUCAAUCUCCAUCCAGUGCUUCCAUUGUGCACAAACUGGUCAGCCGCAUCGGGACAGUUUUCAACACUCUAGCAGUCAACAAUAUGGUGAUCUGUGAGAUGGCCACAGCUCCUUUGGCCACUGCGGUCUACAGACAUUAUCUAAAGUUCCCCUGUAUGAUCCAGAACAGCCCUCUGGUGUUUUCACGCAAACCGGACCCCAAAACUCCAGUCAAAGUCAUCCCCGCCUUCCUCGAAACAGACAAAGAGGUGCCUGAAGAUAAUAAGGAGCUCCCAACUGUUGCAGAGGUCAAGCAAACUGAAAUCAUUUCAAAUCCAGAGCCCAAAGAGGAGAUACAAGCUGUGGACAUAAAGUGUGAAAAGACAGAAGAACGGGUGGAUGCUGAGAAGGCAAAUACUGUAGAAAAACCAACAACCACCACUUUCACCACCACUGUCAAAGAAGAGCCCACAGAGACACAAACAGAUGAUGUGGUUAAAAGUGAGUCGAAAGAAGGCAGAGUGACUGAAGAAGCAGCAGCAGAGCAGGAACAGACCAGUGAAAUGGCCCCCAAAGAAAAUGGGGCUGAAGUUCAAACUGUAGAAGAGGCAAAACUACCUGCAACCACUGAGGGAGGGGCUGUGACCCAAGACACAACCAGUGAAGAGAAACUCCCCAAGGCCAUCUCCACUGAAGGAGAAACUCAAGUGAAAGCAUCCAGGCCCUCAGCUCCAUCUGGACAAAAACAAACAUCUAGGGAAAAAAGCAAAGAUCCAGUAAAAAACAGCCAUCACAGUAGCAGUAGCAGCAGAGAAGAGGAGAGGAAGAGAACAGAUAGAGAGAGGAGAGAGAGAGAGUCCCGUGAUCGAGAAAGGAGGGAGAGAGAACGCAGCCGAAAAGACAGAGAUUAUGAUGAAAGAAGCAAGAGGGACUAUGAGAGGGAGAGAAGAUUAGAUCCUAGGAGGGAAGAUGUGAGGAGAGAUGAGAUGAAGAGGGAGGAAUCCAGGAGAGAGGAGAUGAAGAGGGCAUGGAGGAGGGAGUGGGAGAGGAGGGAAGGAAAGAGGAAACCCUAUGUAGAGGCGGACUACCGGAGAAGCGAUGGCAGCAGACGAUCGCAUCACAGAGAUGAUAGACACAAGAGCUCCAGCGAGAGAAGGACGGUUGAGGAGGACUUCCCCUUUAGUCUGAGCGACUUUGUGACGGUGGACGAAGUGGGUGACGUCGACAAUGAAGCCCCAGACUCUCUGGCAGAGACAGAGACUGGACCUGGGUCUGAACCUGGACUAGAAACCCAGACAGAAGAGAGUCCAGAGUCUGGACCACCACUGGAGACCGAGGAGAAGAUCCAGGAUGUUUCUGUGGAGGAUAUGAGCACUGAAGAACCAGAGAAGACUGGGACAAGGGAAACGGAAGUAAAGCCUGAGCAGAUGUCAGAGGAGACGACUAAAGAAACCAGUGUCGUAGAUGCAGAAAUGACAGAAGCAGAUCAGCCAGAGGAGGGUGAUAAGAGUGAGAUCACAGAGGAGCCAUGUCCAUCUGCUGCAGAAGAAACCAGUGAAACAAACCAGGAUGAACCUCCAAACCCAAUGAAAGAUGAAACACAGCAGGUCACUGCCACAUUCCUGGAGGAGGAGAAAGUGGCCACAACAGAAAAUGACAUAGAGGAGAAACAAGAAACAGAUGCAACUACUGCUCCCUCUGCUGCAGAACCCGAAGCAUCUGAAAAUGGUGAAAAAGACGCAACAGAAAAUGCUCAGAAAAACAACACCCUGCCUCCAUUUGACCCCAGCAGCUCAGUUGGUUUGGAGUAUCUGGUGCCUAUGUCGGGUUUCUUCUGUAAAGUUUGCACUCGCUUCUUCACCGGGACAAAAGACGCUCAGAUCGGCCACAGCAAAACUUUAAAACAUUACGAAAACUUACAGAAAUUCUUGACAUCGUCGUCCACCUCCGCUGAUGAAGCUGGCUCUACCUGAGUUCACAGGACUAUAUUUUGUACAAAGACUUUGCCAUUCCCUUCAUUUGCAGUAUUUUAUUUUGAAAGGAUUCACAACUGCUGUAUUGGUUACAUGUGCUUUAUUUUGUAAAUAACUGACCAACUGGUGUAGUAUGUCCACAGACUAUUUAAUAUCAAUAAAUGAGCAGUUUGGAAUCAGAA